AUGAAUAAUCUACGAGGCCUCUCUCAAAAUAUUCAAGUAAGAUUACCCAGAUCUGCUUCGAAUUCAUGUGAAGCUACAGGUGAAGAAAGUGAAUUGUACAAUCUGAAACUUCGAUUUGUGUCCAUUUUCGUUCUAUUCGUCGUCUCUUUUCUUGGUGCUUCAAUCCCAGUACUUUCAGCUUGUAUCAAACGCUUACAUAUACCAUCAAUAAUUAUUAAUACGGGAAAGUUUUUCGGCACUGGAGUGAUACUUGCUACCGCAUUCAUUCAUAUCUUGCCAGCAGCCAUAGAUGCAUUGACAGAUGAAUGUCUGCCAGAAAGUUGGAAAGAUUAUGAAGCCUAUGCAGGUUUAUUCGCCAUGCUAGCUAUACUGGCCAUGCAACUCAUCGAAAUCAUUGCACAUCAUCAAUUACACAGGGUACUCAUACACGAUAUAAACGUCGUAGUUGAAGAAGGUCAUGCACAACCUCCUACAACACCUGUUGAAAACAGGCAACAACAUGGUCAUAGCCAUGGUUUAUCACUACUAUCAGAUAGUCAUAAUCAUCGUAUCACUACCUAUUUACUUGAGUUCGGUAUUGCUAUACAUUGGGUCCUCAUUGGUGUGAUGUUGGGCAUUGAUGAUGGUUCACACUUUGUAGUCCUUUUUAUUACACUUUGUUUUCAUCAAUUUUUUGAAGCUAUCGCACUUGGUGCACAAAUUUCACAACUCAAUAAUAAAUCAGUAUUACCAGCUGUUUUCAUGGUGAUAUUUUUCUCUCUCACUACUCCAGUCGGUAUUGCGAUCGGUAUCAGCGUUCAUUUGAAUACAUACAAUCCAAAAUCAUUAGCUGCACUGGUGACGACUGGUGUUUUAGAUUCGGUUUCAAGCGGUAUUUUGAUCUAUGUCGCUCUGGUCAAUUUGAUGGCUGGUGAAAUGGGUGUCGGAGCACAUGGAUUUGUUGCAUUGAAAAAACACGUGAAAUUUUUAUAUUUUGUUGCUUUGUAUCUUGGUGCAGCAUUUAUAGCUAUUCUUGGACGAUGGGCAUAG